CGCUCAUGUUGCUGCGGGUUGCAAAAUGGCGAUAAGGGCCUUGCCGUCUUGAAUCUGCGAGGAAGCGUCGACUUCGCACCUCUCGCCCCCAAAACACUCCACAAUAGGCAUCCUGGGCGUUCUUCCUAUUCCCGCAUUCUAAUCACCCGCGGCUUCAUCCGGUCUCGCGACGAGCAACCGAAAACAUGACCAGGGUCUACGUCGGCCACCUCAGCUACCGUGUACGAGAGCGCGACUUGGAAAGGUUCUUCCGCGGGUUCGGCAAGAUCCGCGAAGUCCUGCUCAAGAACGGAUUCGGCUUUGUGGAGUUUGACGACCACCGAGACGCCGACGAUGCUGUGUACGAGCUUAACGGUCGGGAACUGGACGGCGAACGGGUCGUUGUAGAGCUGGCACACGGAACGGCUCGCCGGCCUCCUCCGCCGCGGAGCACCUGGACCGACAGCAGCGGCACCAACAGGUACGGCCCACCCACACGGACUGACUACCGGGUUAUCAUCGAGAACCUGAGCAGCCGCAUCAGCUGGCAGGACCUGAAGGACCGUAUGCGGCAAGUUGGCGAUGUGACCUAUGCUGAUGCACACCGGCACAGGCGCAAUGAAGGUGUGGUGGAGUUCGCCUCCUACUCUGACAUGAAGCGAGCAAUUGAGAAGCUGGACAACACCGAGAUAAAUGGUCGCCGGAUCAGAAUCAUCGAGGAAAAACCGAUCCGAAGCUUCUCGAGGAGCCGCAGUCGCAGCCGUAGACGUUCCAGAAGCCGCUCGCCGCGGCGCACUCGGCGAUCCCGCUCAGGCUCCAAGCGCCGCAAGAGUCGCAGCCCGCAGAAGCGGCGUCGCUCGCGUAGCGCGUCACGCUCCCGCAGCCGCUCGCGCUCCGUCAAGCGGCGCUCCAGGAGUGGUUCGCGGCGGCGCCGCUCCAGCGAGUCACGCUCCAAGUCACCCGCGCCCCGCCGAAAGUCCCGCAGCCGCUCUCGGUCGCCAAAGCGUCGUAGCCGGUCGGCCAGCAAGGACCGGAAGCAGGCGAGCCGCAGCCGAAGCCGCUCCGUAGCCAGCAAGAAGAGCGACGACAAGGCCACCAGCCGAAGCCGGUCCCGCUCGCCCGUCAAGAAGCGCAGCAAGCCGUCCAGCCGGAGCCGGUCGCGGUCUGCCAGCAACGAGCGGAAGUCGCGCAGCCGUAGCCGGUCCGAGGGCAAGGUUGAGAAGAAGUCGUUGAGUCGAAGCCGAUCAAAGUCUCCCGCCAGCAGCGGCCAGAAGUCGCGGAGCGCCUCACGUUCCAAGUCGCCUGCCGAUGGCAAGGGGGCUUCGCGGAGCCGCUCAAGGUCACCGGUGAAGGAGCGCGAGAGCCGCUCGCGGAGCCGCAAGAAGUCGAAGGACGAGUCGAAGUCUAGCCGAAGUCGCAGCGGUAGCCGCGGGAAGUCCCGCUCUGCUUCGCCUGUACGGGGAGAGGAGAAUGGGAAGGUCGCCAAGACUGGUGGGAAGAAGGGCUCGUCUCGUAGCCGGUCUCGCGAUCGGUCACGGUCGAACUCGGCCGGGCCAGGAAGCGGCAGGAGUCGGUCGCAGUCCUCAAGGCGCGAAUCGCGGUCACGGAGCCGCAGCGGUUCCCCGGCUAGCUGCCACGAAAACGGCGACGACUGAGAUUCAGGUUCGGUGCAACCCCCUUCGUCAGCAGCAGUCUUUUUUUUUUUUCCAUGCCACAAGCUCGUCGACUGUCUCCAAGACCAAUGCAAGUAGCGCCAAGCAUGUUUGCAGAGUUUUGGGUGCUGCCAGCUUUUGUCGGCGGUGCAAACAAAGUCAGGUUUCUGUGGUUUUGCUCAUCAAUAAAGCAUUUUUUCACCCGUCA